UCAGAAUGGUAAGCGUAGUUAGCAUCUUUUACUUUACUAAGUAGUUUGUUGGCUUGUAACUGGCAGUGGCUGACACACUGUUAGGGGUUGUGCUGAUGCAAACUCUCGCUCUCUGUACUAGUACAAGGUUUCAGGUUUAUUUUGCCUGGUUCCUUAGGUUUGUGACAUAUAAAACCCAGGAUGUCAGAAUCCCUUUUUUAGACUGCCAUUGGUUCACUGUAGCUCCAAGGAUGACAAUACUAAUUCAUGCCACUGAUUGCAUAUUUCACUCAUGAUAUGUCUUGUAUUAUAUAAGUAACACCUUAUGGACAUUUUAACAAGGUUAAAAAGUUGAUUUUCAUCAGAGGGGGGCUUCAAAACAUUUUACAUCAUUACAAUUGCCUUGUCACCCAUAGAUAAGUUUCUGUACUCAUCGUUAUAUCUAGUAUAAAGUAAUGAACUGUUGUGGUAUCUAAUAACAUGUCUCACAUUCUAAUAGUUUAGCCAUCCAUGAUUGGCAGUUAGCCAUUUAACUCCACAGAUCAAAUCUGGUAGUAACAUAUAUCUUUACUAGUAGGAGUGUCUUUAUUUAGUCGGAUUAGCAACAUACCACAAAAAUUUGUUAAGCCACAAUGACAUAUCAGGAUAAGAGAGUAUUAUGGUGUUAAUCAAUUAGCCUGAAUUAGUUAAUUAGUUUGAUUUCUUUCUAAAGCCAUUGCCAAUAGUAUAGGCAAUAGUAAACUCAAAGAAAAAAAAAGGAAGUGCACAUGUGUCAAACGUACAUGUGUGACCUUUAAAAAAAACAAUUACAGCAUGACAUAAAUUCCAUAAUAGAAUGAACUGGCUUAGGUGUGACUGACAUUAUCCAGGUAUGCAUGGCAAUUAUGCUGUUAAAUUAACAGCACAAUCUAUAAUACAAAUGUCAAUAAAGAUGUAACCCUUCAACAAGGAAAUAAAACACAAGACUGAACCUCAUGGUGAUUCAGCAGGUUUAAAAAUAGUUAAUAUAACAUUUUAUCAAGGUUUGUUAUACAAGUGUUUAAAAAGGUUUAAAUAGAUUUGUAUUUGAAAUUGCAAUUGAUUCUGAAAAACAAAAUUGAUGACUCUGUAUAUAUUAUGUGAGCCUAUUCUAUUAUGUUAUCAUCUAACUUUUAAAAAAUUAAGACAACAUAGACAACAUUGUAUUAACUGUCCCUCUAAAUAUGCUCCACCUCCUUUAGCUGUCUACUAUAAAGGUUCAUCACCACACAUCCUCAGCCACAGUAAAGAGAGACUGUAGUAGCCUCCAUCUCCAACAUACUUGUAAGUAUUACCCUUCUUUAAUAUUAUUAAAUUAUUUUUAAAAAAUUUGAGAAAAUCUUGCAGUAAUUUUAUCAAACUAAACAAACAGACACAUUUUGAGGGUUGCUUGAACUAACAGGGAAGUGCCUGCAUUUUCUAUUUUCAUGUUAUACCUCAUGUCAUUUUCAUUGUCAGACAUGCUGCAAUGAAGGGGCCAACCAUAAUAGGUUGAUUAAAGGCGAUGCAGUAACCAAUAUGUUAAAUCAGAUCAAUUCUGGCAACACCUGAGACAUGUAACAUCCUAUGGGAUUAAAAUAGUAUAAAAUAUCACAAUCUUCUAAUCUCUUUCAAGAAAGAGUUUAAUUUAAUUCAAAUCUCAGUGGAUACAUUUGUAUUUUCAGCUGCUGAGUUUGUCCUUUACAGUCCUUACAAUUUUGAUUUAUUAUGGAAGUCCUUUUAUUACAUAAUUUCUUGUUUUGUUAAAUAUUGUUGUAGUAAUUUUUGACUGGAUGUUGUAAUAAAACAUUCUAAUCUAUAUCUUCUGCCCUUUGCUAAUUCUACAGAUGAACACACAGCGUACAUAUUUAGUAAAUACACAGUCCUUCAAGGAUGAGGAUUAAUAAUGGGUAUUUUAGUCCAUUCUUAUCUAUUAGUAUUCUUUGGUAGCAUAUCAAACUAGCAAAUAAAUUUUCAAUCCUCGCUUCAGUGAAUUGACUUCACAUUUGACAUGUCAUGACAUUCACAGUAUCUGGGAGUCUCAUCAAAUGAUGUUUAUGCCAUUAGCACAUACAGUCAAUGCAUUCAGUAGGUUGUUUCAGAGUCAUUGGGUUCUAUAAAUGUGGAACAAUACAACAAUGUGUUGAUACUAAAAAAACUUUACUUCUGAAUAAGUAUUUUUAAAAGCAAGUACUCCAGUACUUUUACUCAAGUAAAUAUUUGACUGAACAAUUUUCACUUGUACUGGAGUAAUAUUUCAGCAGGCAUAUCUAAACUUUGACUCAAGUAAGUUAUGAGUUAUGUGCUUUGUCCACCUCUGUUAAUUAAAUACAGCAACAAACUACUACAGUGAAAUUAUUUGUGUCUGAGUAAUUAUUAUUAUGGUUUGCGUAUACUUUUUUUAUUAAUAAUAUAAUUAAAUUAGUUUUUCUUUUCUUUUUUCCAAUUGUGUUUUCACACAGUAUAAACAUGAGGGCACCAAUUCUAAUUGCAGGUAAAGGACUUUUUAAACCGAUCAAAUUGUUUACAAAGGCUGUUUUAACCAAAUACUGACUGAGUCUCUCUCUUUGAAGGUCUCUGUUUAAGCGUCAUCAGCUUGUGUGAGUUUGUAUUUUGCUAUAACAAAAAAUCUUAAAUGUAAUGCCUAAAUAAUUAAUGUUGUUAAACAAUGAGAUUCAUCUCAAAGUAACUCACUGAUGUCUUAAAUAUUUCAGCUUCUUCCUCCAAACUGGUGUGUUACUACACCAGCUGGUCCAAAUAUAGAGCAGCGGAAGGGAAGUUCACGCUCUCAGAUAUUGAUCCAAACCUGUGUACCCAUCUGAUCUUUGCUUUUUCUGGCAUUAAUAAUGCCAAUCAGCUGGUCCCUUCUGACAGAGGUGACACACAAAGCUACAAAACCUUUAAUGGACUGAAAUCUAGGUCAGUGCUUAAUUCAUUAAAUAUGCUGAAAACUGUCUUUUAUUUUGGAGUAUUAAAUAACGCCUGCUUAACUUCUAUUCUCACAUAGGAAUCCAGAUCUCAAAACCCUUUUGGCAGUUGGUGGCUGGAACUUUGGCACACAAAAGUGCGAUACGUAAAUACAACAUACCUAAGAAUAUCUAAUUGAAUACAUGGCAUGUCUACUUCAGCACCAUUUCUGUUUUAAUGUCCAGAUUCAGCACCAUGGUAUCAACAGCAGCCAACAGAAGAAAGUUCAUCCAGUCAUCUAUCGCACUACUGAGGACAUACAGCUUUGAUGGGAUAAACUUGGACUGGGAAUUCCCUGGUACACGAGGAAGCCGUCAGCAGGACAAACAGAGAUUCACGCUGUUGUGCAAGGUCAGAAAUAUAAUUUCUUUGAGACAGUCAUCAUAAAUAUACUAUAUAUGAUGGAUAUGGUUUUGAAUACUCAUUUAUGUAAUUUGACAUUUAAUCAAGGCAGACUGACCCAUGCUUGUAUGUUGUACAGGAACUCCUAUCUGCCUACAAGGCUGAGGGAAAAGCAAGUGGCCGUCCCAGAUUAAUGGUCACCGCUGCUGUUUCUGCUGGCAAAGGAACCAUCGAUGCCAGUUAUGAAAUCGCAGAGAUUGCCAAGUAAAUUCUCCGCUAUUUUUAUAUUUCCAGUGACUAGCUGUCAUGUGUUGCUGCACUUGAUUACAAUUGUGUUUGUUUGUUUGUUUGUUUGUUUGUUUGUUUGUUUGUUUUUUGUUUAGGUACCUGGAUUUCAUUAAUGUGAUGACAUUUGACCUUCAUGGCACCUGGGACAGGGUCACAGGACAUCACAGCCCUUUAAACCAGAGAUCCCAAGACACUGGAGGUCGUAUUUACUUAAAUACUGCCUUUGCAAUGCAGUACUGGCGAGACCAGGGGGUUCCUGCUGAAAAGCUGAUUUUGGGAUUUGCUGCAUAUGGGCGAACCUUUACCCUGUCGUUUCAAUCCAGUGAGAUUGGAGCACCAAUCAGUGGUGCUGGUAAUGCGGGUCGUUACACCAAGGAGGCAGGCUUCUGGUCCUAUUAUGAGGUUUGUCUUAAUCUUGAGGGAAAAACUGUCCAGUGGAUUGCAGACCAGAAAGUUCCAUAUGGUACCACAGGAAAUCAGUGGGUCGGAUUUGACAAUAAAGACAGCAUUAAUGCUAAGGUCAGCUACCUAAAAGAAAACAACUUCGGAGGCGUCUUUGUCUGGUCUCUGGACCUGGAUGAUUUUAAUGGGCAGUUUUGUAAACAGGGCAAAUACCCCCUAAUCAGCCAUCUGCAUACUCUUCUGGUGUCAGAUAUAGGAGUUCCCACCACUGAUGAGACUCCACCUGCAGUCACCAAAGAUGAGCCUACCACUACUACUACCACCGCCACCGCCGCAUCCUGUGCUGAGCAAUCUGAUCCAAAUUUCUGCAUAGGAAAGACCAGCGGGCUCUAUCCCAAUCCUAGUAACUUAAAUUCUUUUUACAAUUGUUUCAAUGACAUUACAUAUGUCCAAAACUGUCCCUCUGGUUUAGUCUUCCGAGAUAGCUGCAAAUGCUGUGGACACCCUUAAGUGGGAGUCUAUAAUUAAUACUCCAGGAGUGGUAAUAUAAUUAAUUAAAAAUAAAAUAAUAAAAUAAUAAUUAAUAAUAAUAUAUACUAUCGAAAAGGAUGCAUUACAUAAAGCUUUAUGUGUUCUCAUCCUAUACUUCACUAUUCAGAAUAAGAUUUUAAAAAUGCUUUGCUUCAUUUUAAUGUCAGGUUCUUGUUAUGCGGUGUUAUGUAAUAAAGUCUAGCUGAAUGCCUCCUAUUAGAUAGUAGAAGUGUAAGAAUAAGCUUUUUUUCUAACAUAAAAU